AUGGACGAGGACCCCGGCCCGCUGCCCGUCGACGACGACAUCCGCCCAUUCGGCGACGGCACCGUUGCACAGACACGUCCUGGGUUUGCUUCACAGCGGCCAGAGACGCAGCUCCGGCGUACCGGGCGCGGCGGCUUCGAUUUAGUACAGCUGUUGGUUCGUCUUACAGGCAGGCGCCCGCCCAGGAGCAACCUGGAACUGCGCGAUGCCCUCUCGCGAGGUGAACUCGGCCACGCCGCCGAGCUUGGUCGCUCAAGGCUUGGAGGAGCACCAGGCGCCGCCUCAUGCGUCCUCGUGUUCCCCGAGUCGCAUCAACAAGUGCCUCUAGCCUCGGUAUCCCGUGUUUCCUUCUGCACCUGCCGACGUCACCAGAACGUCGGCUGCCAGCCCGAUGCGCGGCCGACCGUGGAGGCAGGGUCCUCCCCACGGCCCUGCCCGCGUGGCCGUGACGCCUCUUCUUCGGCGCGAAUGCUGGCGCGCUCGUGCCGGAUAGCAAACCCGGUGGCAGCUCCGCCGCUUUUGUUGCGAGCGGUCAGUGCCUCCAGAGUGCUUUGUGCCAUGGGCGCCUCUUCCGCAGAGGGCACAGGCCAUGACCCACGGGCUUCGUCAAGAGGACCCGGCCUGGAUGCGACGUCUUCUUGA